GGAGAUGAGAUGAGAUGAGAUAAGAUAAGAUGAGGGGGCUCGGCUACUACCGGGGUUUCUCUUGGAGCGGGCGGCGUUCCCGUGUGUGGGGGGGGUUGGUGACCUCUGCGCUUUGUGCGUGGGCUGGGCCGGGCAUCCCGGAACCGGCGGGACCCCCCCCGGACGGGCGGUGCGCAGGGAGGGGGAGGGCAGCCCGCAGCGCAGCUUCCCGCAGCAUCCUCCGAGCUUUCGGAAGGGGAACAACCUGCCUUAUCUUGCUUGCAAAAUCCUGCUCACCUGACCAUCGAUCGUUGAGUCUGCAGCACUCAGUUGCAGGAGAAGAGAGAUCCGUGCUUGGGGCUGUGAGGAAGAUGAGUUUCCAGCUGCUUUUGCCACUACAUGCUUUGUAAAGCUCCUGUGUUACUCAGUGUUCCUGGGCCUGUCUCCUCUCUCCCAAGAUGCUGAGAAGAGUCCUGUGUACCAUGUUGCUCGUGGGAACCUUGCCAUCACUGGCUGAGGUGUCCCAGGGCCACAUCUCUGUGGUCUUGCUGGGAGCCACAGGGGAUUUAGCCAAGAAGUAUUUGUGGCAAGGUCUGUUCCAGCUCUACAUGGACCAAGUGAGCAGUGGGCACAGCUUCACCUUCCAUGGGGCUGCGCUGACAGCUCUGGAGCCAGGGCAGAAGCUGAUGUUUGAUGUGCUGAAGAAGCUGGCCUGUCCCCCAGAUGAAUCUCCCAACAGGUGUGCUGUGCUCAAGGACCAAUUCCUGAAGCUGAGCCAAUACCACCAGCUGAAAACUGCCGAAAACUACACUGUGCUGAACAAGGAGAUUGAGAUGCUGCUUCACCAGGAGGGGCUGAAGGAGGCUGGAAGGAUCUUCUACUUCUCAGUACCACCAUUUGCCUACACAGAAAUUGCCCGCCACAUUAACAGCAGCUGCAGGCCACCUCCAGGCGCCUGGCUGCGUGUAGUGCUGGAGAAACCUUUUGGCCAUGACCUGGAGUCAGCCCAGCAGCUGGCUGCAGAGCUGACGAGCUUCUUCAGGGAAGAGGAGAUGUACCGGGUGGACCACUACCUUGGCAAACAGGCUGUAGCCCAUAUCUUGCCUUUUCGAGAUCAGAACCGUCAGUUUCUGGAUCCAAUUUGGAACCGACAUCACGUGGAAAGAGUAGAGAUCGUCUUGAAGGAGAUUGUGGAUGCUAAAGGCCGCACCAGUUUCUAUGAGCAGUAUGGAGUCAUCCGGGACGUGCUGCAGAACCACCUCACUGAGGCCCUGACGUUCCUGACCAUGGAGCUCCCAGGCAACCUGAGCAAGGCUGAAGAAGUCUUGCAGUGCAAGCUGCAGGCUCUCCAGUCCUUGCGAGGCCUGGAGAAACAGAGUGUUGUGCUGGGUCAGUAUCAGUCGUAUGCCAGCCAUGUACAGGAGGAGCUGCAGAAGGGGCAGGACUAUGUCAGCACAACACCAACCUUUGCAGGUGUGCUCGUUCACAGUGACAGCCUGCGUUGGGAGGGAGUUCCUUUCCUCCUUACUUCUGGAAAGGCUCUGGAUGAACGAGUAGGUUAUGUCCGUGUGCUCUUCAGGAACCGGGCCUACUGCACGCAGAGCGAGGCUUUGAGGGAUGCAGGGCACAGCCAGUGUAAACCCAAGCAGAUUGUAUUCUACAUUGGACACGGCGCUCUCAAUUCCCCCGCAGUGCUGGUGAGCAGGAACCUUUUCAGGCCCAUCAUGCCAAAAAGCAGUUGGAAAGAAGUUGUAGGGCAGCCAGACCUGCGUAUUUUUGGACAGCUACUGUCUGAUUACUAUGUGUACAGCCCUGUGAAAGAGAGAGAUGCGUAUUCUGUCCUCAUCUCCAACAUCUACCACGGCAGGAAAGACUUCUUCAUAACCACCGAGAAUUUGCUGGCCUCCUGGGCAUUCUGGACACCACUGCUGAACAGCAUUUCCCACCAGGCCCCACGCCUCUACCCUGGUGGGGUGGAGAACCAGCACUUCUUAGACUUUGAAAUGAUGAGUGGGGAACUGGCAUUCACAGUGGCGGAGCCAGUGGAAUUGCUGAACCCCAGUGGGCCGAUGCCAAGUGAUUACAAGACGAUCCAGUCAAAAUUUCGACAAAGCCCCCUGGUCUCAGCGUGGUCUGAGGUCUUGAUUUCCCAGCUGGCUUCUGAUGUUGAGAAGACAGCAAGCAGAGCCGUGGCACGCUCUGGGCAGUUCCACUUGGCCCUCUCAGGCGGCUCAAGCCCUGUGGCCCUAUUCCAGCGGCUGGCAAGGCACCAUUAUGACUUCCCAUGGAGGCACACCCAUCUCUGGCUGGUGGAUGAGCGUUGUGUCCCACUCACUGACCCGGAGUCCAACUUCUUCAGCUUGCACAACCACCUCCUGCAGAGCAUCAGAGUUCCCUACUUCAACGUUCACCCCAUGCCCGUGCACCUGCACCAGCGGCUCUGUGUGGAAGAGGAUGGAGGCACAGAGCUGUAUGCCAAGGAGAUCAUGGCCCUGGUGGCCAACGCCAGCUUUGACCUGGUGCUGCUGGGGGUAGGCACUGAUGGGCAUACAGCCUCACUGUUCCCCCACUCUGAAAACGGCCUGGAAGGGUCUCAGGCUGUGGUGCUGACCGAGAGCCCUGUCAAACCUCACCAGAGGAUGAGCCUCAGCCUGCCCCUUAUCAACAAGGCCAAACAGGUGUUUGUCCUAGUUAUGGGGAAGGGCAAGCAUGACAUCACCACGCAGAUCAGCAGGGUGGGCCAUGAGCCAAGAAAGUGGCCUAUCUCAGGUGUCAGCCCCAGCUCUGGACAGCUGGUGUGGUAUGUGGAUUAUGAAGCUUUGCUUGGAUGAUGUUCCUAGUGUCCCUCUUCCCUCGUUAUCCUGGCUCUUACAGCCUGGAUUUUCCUACACAAUGUCCAUGUUUUUCUGUUGCCAGCAGCAGCUUCUUUUCUAACAGAGUGCUGUCGUCUUCUGGGAAAUUGGUGGCCUGUGGUGCCUCUGGCGUUACAGCUCAGCUCAGUGUGCAGAGCUAAGCAGGAGCCAAGAGCCCAGUGUGGCACUGCUGGCUCUGCCAGGACUCCCACUGUGACUUUGUACAGAUUACCUCACCUUGAAGUGCCUCAGUUUCUCCUCUCAGGCUUUUAUGGUUUUUAACACUGAGCUACCUCGCAGACAAUGGGAGACAUUAAAUUAAAUACCUGCCGAAAUUUUUCUUUUUUAUUCUCAGGUUUGAAGAUGGACACGGUAAUGAUGUGUCCGUCCUCUGCUCAGCUUUGUCUGGGAUGGAGUUGUAGCCUCAGCGAAAUGAGUCUUAUGUGCACGUAGGUCUGUUGUCCUGUCCAUGCAGCCCAUCGUGAUGUCAGCCAGCACAGACCAUGGCUGGGCUCACCUGCAGCUUUCAUGGCGUGUGGCCCCUAAAUGCUGACACCAAUUUGCAAGCUCUCUGUAGUUCUGGGUCUUUGCCAAUUGCCAAGCAGCAGGGGCUGAGUCUAUAUGCAGUUAUUUGCUGGUUUCCUUAAGUGGGUAGCUGGUACCGUGGGGGAUGGAGAAGGAUACCACACUGCUUUUUAGGCUGUUAGAAUAAUGGGGACAGGGUGAGGAACAUGGCAGUUCACAAAGCUGUUAUUUCCCUGCAGCACAAUAAUUAUUGAGGGAAAAGCUUGGUGUUCAGAAUAGUCAUUUGUGUUUAGCCAGCAAAGGAGUGGUGUUUUCCUUAUCCAUCUUGUGUGUUUGUCUCAUUCUGUAAAACAUUUUUGUCUGUCCUCAGAAUUGAAGCUCGCAAUGCCAUUCAGUGGCUUAUGUGUCCCUUGUUACAUUGCACGUUAAGGUAGUUACAUGUGUGGGGGUGGUGGGAUUUCAACUCCAGGACACUGACUUAGAAUGGGAGGGGAUUUUCUACGCACGUCCACUUUUAGUCGUAUGGUCUGAGGUUUGGGUGGUCCUGUGUGGAGCCACGAGUUGGACUCAAUGAUUCUUAUGGGUCCCUUCCAACUCGGGAUAUUCUGGAUGGAAGUGCCGGGGCUGGGGGUGAUGCAGGGACCCCAGUGCUGACGUGAAAUGGCACCUGGACCCCAGGAAGCAGCAGUGAGUUGCGUGGCAUGAGGCUGUGCCACCCUUCGUGGCCCUGUAGCCUCCAAGGAGAAAGUGAGAUCCUCAGUAGUUGGGCCUGGGGUUUAGUGACCCUUCACAGGCCUGUAGUUCCACAGGAUGGGGAAGGAAGGAGGCUUUGCUUUAAGCAGCUGGUCGAUAGGCAUUGGCCUCAAAUCCUUCCCUGCCCAGGGCAUCUGCUGAAUCCUGGUGACGAGGAUGCAAAUCAAGUUGCAGAUAAUUGCUAUGGUCUGGCAGCACAUGGACAGUUUGAGUGGCCUGUGCUCUCAGGUUCUCAAGUCCUUGCCUUUCAGCAUAAUGCUCAUCUUAAUGCAGAAAUCAGAAUUCUUAUCCUCUGCUAAUUGUGCAGAUAAAAGAGCACUGAGCAAACUCCAGAGAGCUUGUUAGUUGUCAGCAGUCCCUAGGCAAACAGGGCCAGGGAGAGCAUGAGCUGGCAGAAACUGUGGGCAGCAGGAAGAGGCCAAAUUCUCAGGGACUGGCUGUGGUUUCUGGCAGCCCCCUCCCAAGCUUGCAGAUGGUGCUGAAAAACGGCAUUUUGUGCACUGCAGCUGACUAAGCAGAGCUGAGCUGCCCUGACGCACAUCACUUUGCUCUUGCAUGGGAAAGGAUGGGACUUGUGGUGGUGUAGCUGUCUCAUCUGCAGAAGAAAGACAAGUGCCUUACCUGGCCUGCUCUAACGACUGGGAUGAUUGGUUAUCCCUUUAUUCGGAGUGUGCUCAUCAAUACAUUUGCUACUGCCUGUUCUGUGGUUUCAGCAGGCUUAACUACCAGCAGAAACACAAAAGGGUGAAAAUAAAUUGCUUGAGAAGAGAAUAGCAUAGAAGCGCAGGAGGAAGGCAAGCACUGCAGGCUUCUGGGUGCAAGUGAAGUCUGGAAUAAGAGUAUACGCCUGAGGAGUUAACUGGAAUAAGUAGAUGAGUGCUAGCAAACACUGGCUCCAAAGUAUACCACAGUGGCUGAAACAGCUGUGCAGAGGAAGAUGUGUUAGGUCUGGUAUGUCCAUAAAUUUAAACGUCACUUUUCUUCUUUAAACAAAAGUGGCCAUGUUAACUUGAAUCUACUUCUUGUGUACUUGGAGUGAGGGAACAAGUUAUAAUGAAAAAUGGAUCAAUGUGAGAGUAAAUAUGUUGUUAAAAUGGCAGAAUCUAUUCCUACUUUACAGAUGACUGUGGCAUUUGUGUUUUCUCGUUUCUGUGCAUUCUUUUUUAAUAUUUGGCUGGUACCUUUCAAAAUAAACGCUGAUUUUUAUUUUUA